CAGCAAAGGAAUAGCUGAUGAUGCUGGAAAGAUAUUCAAGAAAGACGGAGCAGCAGGUAACAUAAAUUGACCCUCUUCUUGCCAGAGAAGACCAGAUAAAAGCAUGUUGCCCUCAGAUUUCCAGUUUAAAGACUCUUCAGAAAGUGAAGAGGAAAAGGAGUGUGAACUUCUGGCUCUGGAGAGAGAUCAUGCAGAAGAACAGCUGAAUCAACUGCACCUUGCUUCCCAGCAGCUGCUGAAUGAGAUUGAAGCUCUUGAAAUGCAAUAUGAGAUUGAACGCUCCUGUCGCCAGAAUGCUGAAGUCUUUGCUGCCAAGGUAACCAAAGAGAAUAAUAUUCUCAAACGGAUGAGUAAAGCACUUCUCCCAUGCAUCUAUGAGCUUCCUGUAGAAGUACUGUUCAUGGUGGACUCAGAAGCUGCUGCUGCUGCUGCUGACCAUAUUGUUGACUCAGAUGAGCAACACCAGGAGCAGAUCAAAGACCUUCAGGAACAGGUUGAAAAACUGCUAACAGACAAGAGGGAUCUUUCCAGUCUGGUGACAGAUCUCAAAAGUAGGAUGGAAAGUCUGGAAAUGGAGCUAGAAGAAUCCAGACAAGAUAAGGAACGCAUGAUGAAGACCAUUGGCAGAGACAACAGAGUAAUGAAGAGGCUGAGUCGAGUAUCUGAGAUGGUAUCACUAGAGUAUUCAGAAGUAUCUGAGAAACUUGAGCUGGAGCGUAGUCUACGUCAAGAAGCUGAGGUCUUCGCUCAUAAGAUGUUGGUAAAACAGAAAGAGGCCUCACGUCAGAGCCUGAUCAUUCUCCAGAACGCUGAACCAGGCCAGCAACUGCUGAUGGCCUUAAACCAAGUGGCAGAGUUGAACAACAUGUUGGAGGAACUUAAGCAGGAGCACAAAAACGAGGUAAAACAGAUUCAGGAUCAUCACGAAGAAAGUGCUCUGAAGAAGGAGCUGAGCAAAGUGAAAAUGUCAUGGGAAAUCACCAAAGAGGAGAAGCGGGAAAUCGAAAAUCAGCUGACAGAAGCACAGCUGUCUAUCGCCAAUCUUCAAGAUAAAGUUAAGGAGCUGCAGAAACAGAUUAAUUUGGCUGAGAAUGGAACAAAUGACUCACAAGAGAGCUCCACCUCUAUUGUUUCACUACCACUUCCUCCACCUCCUCCUCCUCCUCCUCUGCCUCCACCUCCACUUGUCACUACAACCAUUGUUAGCCCUCUUGAAGAGCUGAGAAGACGAAGACAACAGCAAGGACUAAUAAAACCAAACCCCACCAACACUUAUAUUGAUGUGAAAACCAAAGCUGUGAAUGAAAUGAUGGAGAGGAUAAAAAAUGGAAUUGUUCUAAAGCCAAUGAAAAAGCAGGCAGAAGAAGACAGUCAAAGCAGCAGCUGGAGUGUAAAGGACCCACCAGUCAGCAGUAAAUCAAAUGCUGCAAAUGAGCUGAAGGGGAUUUUGGACUCCAUGAAGAAGCAGAAAAAGAGGAAGUCUUUCUAUAGAUCCUCAUACAAAAUUCAAGAGGUGGAGUUGGCAGGCAUUCUGCAGAGGAGGAGGCGAGCCAUCGAUGGCAAGCCGGUGGAAAAAGAUGGAACACCAAGUGCAGGAGGACAAGACAGCAACAAAUCAGACAGCAAUCCUGCACCAUGGAUUAAGGAUAGCAGCAACACACCUGUUCUACGAAGAAUGAAACAGAUCAGGGAAAAUCGAGAUUCUCGGAUUCGUGCAUCACAGAACCUCCCAUGGUGGGAAUGGAAAUGAUUAGUUGUCAGCAAAAGACGAUGGUGCGCAGUGUUCACUGGCAAAGAAGAACUUUCCAUCGUUGUCUCAUUGAAAAACAUUGCAUUUCUAGUUUACCACCAAACUGCAUGAUGUUAAUGUGAACGUACUGUAAAUGACAGAGCUUUAGCACCAAAUAAAGUUGAUUUAUUAUGAAA